AUGGAUAUCAACUCCUUGCUUUCCCACGAUUCAAACUCAAAAUCUUCUGCUUCAACACCCAGUGUCGGUCCUUCAUCAUCUGGUGCCCCGACGCCUGUUGCGGGGCCACCUUCUCACAAACAGGUCCAGCGCGCGCGCCCGGGUCCUGGUCGGAAGAAUAAGACAUCCUCGCCACUUGCGAAGCAAGUCCUUGUCCCAAACGUUCCCCCUGAGACUUCCAAAUCGGUCACUGCUUCGGGUCCCAACGCGAGCGCUGCUGGAAAUGGAGCUUCACCAGCUGCCGAUAUGGCGCCCGGGAGGCAAUUGCCCACCGGGAUGGACACUCUAGCGGAUCUGGCGUCUAUGCAGCAUCAUCAGCCCCGGCAGCCACAACAGAGAGAGAAAAAGAACCAACGUGCACGUCACGGCCAUCAGUCUCAGCGCACUGGUCGUCAAAACGCCGCAAACAUGAUGAGGACCACAGAUUUUCAUCAGAGCCAACUCUCUCCGUCUACGAUUCACCCUCAUGUCAACCAGAUCAACCAUAAUACUCCAACCCCUCGCACUUCGUUCGACUUGGCAAUGGCGGAUGGUCCCCGUGAGACCGCGCAAAGAAAUUACGCUGAAACCUCGUUGGACCCCGAUUCACAGGUGUUGGCGACUGAAUUGUUCAACAAGAUUCAAGAAAAUCCUCACACCUACGAAGCACAUGUCAAAUUCAUCGGUCUUCUCCAUGCGGGAUUCGUUAACCACGUGUAUCCCCCCAACAAUCCUGAACUACACGGUGAUCCACGUCAGUACGAUCUCCUCAAAGACCUGAGAACUGCUCGGGAGGAGAUGGACAAGCUUUUCGCCAUGGGAGAGGAUCUUUGGGCUGAAUGGAUUCAAGACGAAAGUAUGCUUGCCAGCACAGUCGACGAACGGACUUCUGUAAUGGAAUUGUGUCAGCGCUCAGUUGAGGAAGAGUUCGGCUGUACCAGGCUCUGGCAUAUCUACGGUGAAUGGGUCUUGUACUUGUUCAGUGCCGCAAAUGGGGAGCAGAGUGCUGGACAGUGGACGGAUGAAGACCGAGCUGUCGGACGUGAGGUUUUCACAUGGCAAACGGUGCUAGAUGUAUGGCAGCGAGCAGCAGAGGCUACACAGUGGCGGAUUAACAAUAGUCAUCUUGUGUGGGAUCGCUUUCUGGAUCUUCUGGGUCAAGAUAUCAAUCGAUCCCCGUCCCAAGAAAAGAUCAAUCACCUUCGCAAAUGGUUUGAAUUGCGAUUGAAAACACCCCAUGCGACCUGGGACCAGACCUUCCAGAGCUUUUCUGCGUUCGUCUCGGCCUACUUCGAGACGAACUACGAAGAAAUCAUGUCAGAAGCCGUUGCCCAAGCGUCUGCUUCCAAAAAUUUCUAUGCUGCCCGCGAAGAAUUCGAGCAUCGAUUAAACAAGGCGCAGGAGGCCGGCGAUAAGGCUUUGGAAUGGAGCCUGUACCGCGAGUACAUUGACUGGGAACUGAGUCGUAAUCGCAGGCGUCGUGAAUUCCACUUUGACCUCGUCAAUGCUGUCUUCCAGCGCGCUGUUCUCUGUUUCCCCACCGAUGUGUCCUUGUGGGAGGACUACAUCAUGUUCCUGAUCGGUGAAUCUAUGCACGGACAUGCUUCUACUACGACAAUCUCUACCCUCGACAGAGCUACUCGUCACUGUCCUUGGUCUGGCAAUCUUUGGUCUCAGUACUUGCUGAGCUCAGAGCGAGAGGGACAGUCUUUCUCCAAGACCUCCGGUAUCAAACACCGGGCGACAAGCACUGGACUUCUAGACGCCGGCGGCAUGGAAGAGGUCUUGAAGGUUCACACGACCUGGUGUAGCUACCUUAGACGGCGUGCCUUCCUUUCCGACUCCACCGAUGAGGAGUUAGACGUCGCGGAAGUGGGUAUUCGGUCCGCGAUUGAGAGUGUGCAAGAACUCGGCGAGAAGAAGUAUGGUCGCUCCUACCAGGGCGACCCUCACUUCCGCUUGGAGCGCAUCUACAUUCGCUUUUUCAGCGAAAGCGGAAGCUGGGACAAUGCUCGCGAGACCUUCAAGAAUCUUGUGCCCCGGCGCGGCAAUAGCUACGAAUUCUGGCUUACCUAUUACAACUGGGAACUUCUUUGCUGGAGCAACAUCUGUGCUCAAGGUGAUGCUACUAGUGACGCUACUAGACGCCCGCCAAAUCCUAGUUUUGCGACUGCUGUUCUGAAACAGGCCAUCAAGCGCGAAGACCUCGACUGGCCCGAGAAGCUCGCGCAGACGUACAUUGCUCACUGCGAGGACUACGAAGAUGCAUACGAACUGCAGCUUGCCGUGGUAGAAACCAGGAAAGCGAUGCGUGCUGCCACGGCUCGUCGCGAACGCGAGGCACUCGAAGUCGCUGCUGUGCAACAACAGCAGCAGUUGGAGCAGCAACAGCAAAUGGAGGCCGCUGCUGCCGCCGAAGCUGCGUCUUCUUCUGAGAAGCGUAAACGUGAUGACGAGUUAGACGCUAAUGGGCAGCCUACCUUCAAGAAAGUGCGCGCCGAUGCUGAAUCAACGGAACAAGGUGUUGUCGAUACAGAGCUUCCAGUUCGCGACCGGGAGCAUGCCACGGUCGUGGUCAAAAAUCUGCCCAAGGGAAGCAGUGAGCAUAACUUGCGUCAAUUUUUUCGCCAUGUCGGCACCAUCAACAGCGUGAAGAUGCUUUCCGGACCGGAUGGUAAUACCGAGUGUGCAUUGAUCGAGUUCGAAACAAAAGACGAGGCUCUUGCAGCUCUGACGCGUGAUCAGAAAUCUUUCAAUGGGAACACAAUUGAAGUCACUAUUGAGUCGGGAUCUACACUGUGGAAUGUCAUACGCAAUCUCUUCCACAAAUAUGGCACUGUAGUUGAUGUUCGCUUCCCGUCGCUCAAGUUCCAAACCAAACGUCGCUUCUGCUAUGUCCAAUUCACUACUGCGAGCAUGGCCCACCACGCAACCGAGCUAAAUGGGCUAGAAAUCGACAAAGGCCACAGACUCGUGGUCAAGAUAUCCGAUCCGAACCAGAAAGAGAAGCGGAGUGGGGCGAUGCAUGAGGGCCGUGAGCUUUUUUGCAAAGGUUUUGACUGGAAGCUAGGGGAGGCUGAUGCUCGGGACGCAUUUUCUAAAUUUGGGUCCAUUGAGAAUCUUCAUCUGCCACUUAAUGCCGACGGCUCUCACCGUGGGUAUUUCUUCGUGGCGUACUCAACUAAGGAGGAGGCUGAGGCCGCACUCGUCAUGGACCAAGAGACACUUGGAAAGCGUCAGAUCACAGUGAGCUUGAGUGGCAACACUGGAGCCAAGCGCAUUGCCAGCACGAUCAUCUCUCAGGUCGCGUCCGCAUCGUCAGCCUCUCCUCCCCCAGAGACUAACGGCGGCGGCCCUCGGCCGGUAGAGACUAUCGGUGGACGAUCUGAACGCACUCUCGCCCUGAUGAAUAUACCGGAUACUGUCAAUGAUGCUCGUGUUCGCGCUCUGGUUGAGCCCUUUGGACGGCUAGUCAAGAUUGUUCUUCGACCGGAUCAUCAAGGCGCGAUCGUCGAGUAUGUCGACGUGCACGAUGCGGGUAAGGCGUCCCUUGCCCUCGAAGGGCAAGAGAUCGCGCCCGGACGCCCGCUUCACAUCGGCAGCGUCGAGGAGAUGAAACAAAUGCAAGCAGAGAAGAAGACGGAUCGUAUCACCUCGAUCAAACCGGGGAAGCCGAAACCUUCUCUCCAGCCUGCAGGCCCCAUCAAGCGACCUCAGCAGCCUGGGUCUCGUGGGGGCCGUCGAGGAGGGCUGGGCUUGAAACGGACGACGGGUGCUCCAUCCCAGCCCCUUUCCAACCAAGACUCCUCUUACAAGGACGAAAUGGAAACCUCUUCCUAUCAAGGCCGCACGGAAAGUGCUCCGCCCAAGAAGAGCAAUGAUGACUUUCGUGCGCUGCUUGAAUCAAAGCGUCCCGAUUGA